AUGGCUGCCCACCGGAGGGACUCCACUGAGCCACUCAUCGAGCCCAACCCGCACCUCAAGUCGUACUAUGAAUCUCUCGAGUCGCGGAUUGGAUAUCGCCUCGUGCUGGGCGGCACGCGACACUUCGGAUACUAUGAGAAGGACACAUAUUGGCCCUUCCCAGUAGGCAAGGCGCUGCGGGCCAUGGAAGACAAAAUGUUCCGCGCGCUCGAUCUCCCUGUGGGAUCGCAAGUGCUGGACGCCGGCUGUGGCGUGGCCCAUGUGGCCCUCUACAUGGCCCGGCGCGGGCUACGCAUCACCGGCGUCGACAUCAUCGACCACCACAUCGCCAAGGCCAAGCGCAACGUCGCGCGCGCCGGCCUCCCGCCGGGGCAGAUCAGCAUCCAGAAGAUGGACUACCACCAUCUCGACGCUAUCCCAGACCAGUCCCACGACGGAGUCUACACCAUGGAGACCUUCGUGCAUGCCACCGACCCGGAGCAGGUGCUCGCGGACUUCUAUCGCAUCCUCAAACCCGGGGGCCGGCUCGUGCUCUUCGAGUACGACCACGAGAUCGACGCCGACGAGCGAGUGCCCCAGCACGUGGUGGAGGACAUGAACCUGGUCAACCAGUACGCGGCCAUGCCGACCAACGCUCGUUCGCACAAGGGCGUGUUUGCCAGCAUGCUGGAGCACACCGGGUUCAGCGACAUUAAGGAGGAGGACUACUCGAAGAACAUCCGGCCCAUGCUGCGGCUGUUUUGGGUCAUGGCCGCGAUUCCGUACUUCAUCAUCAAGCUGCUGCGUCUGGAGAGGUGGUUCAUCAAUACGGUUGCCGGCGCACAGGGGUACUUGCACCAGGAGCACUGGCGGUACGUGGCCAUCACCGCGACCAAGCCGGGGCCGAAGAUUGAGGCGGCCAAGACGAAGUAG